AUGCGACGGAAUUGUGCAAAUGUAAAAGAUGGCUCAGGUUUGAUGCGACGGAAUUGUACAAAUGCAAAGGAUGGCUCAGGUUUGUGCGCGGUUGUACAAUGCAAAGUGGCUCAGGUUUGUCCGCGGAAUUGUACAAAUGUAAAAGAUGGCUCAGGUUUGAUGCGACGGAAUUGUACAAAUGCAAAGGAUGGCUCAGGUUUGAUGCGACGGAAUUGUACAAAUGCAAAAGAUGGCUCAGGUUUGAUCCGACGGAAUUGUGUCGUAGGUUUUCUC